UAAUUUUGACGGUGAAAGCUCCCACCGUCGUUGUUGCUUCCCUAGAUGUCCAAAACAUAACCGAGUCACAGCGAUCAACGCAUCAUGUUUUAAAAAAUUUAAUUAUUUAUUUAACCUAUUCCGGGCCCCCUGGGGACUGGGGAAGGGUCGGGUGCCUGCCGAGUUUCUGACAUCUUGCACUUCUGUGUCGGCCUUUGCCAGCAGAAGGUCCCUCUAUCUGGAAGAAUGGUGAAACUGGGGAAUAAUUUCAGCGAGAAGAACACAAAGCAGCCCCUUUUGGAGGAUGGAUUUGACACCAUCCCCCUGAUCACACCCCUGGAUGUCAAUCAGCUGCAGUUCCCACCUCCUGAUAAGGUUGUGGUCAAAACGAAAACAGAAUAUGAACCUGAUCGCAAGAAGGGAAAGUUCCGUACUCCUAAAAUAGCUGAAUUCACAAUCAGCAUCACCGAAGGUGUUUCAGAAAGAUUUAAGGUAACUGUGCUGGUCCUUUUUGCCCUUGCGUUCUUAACCUGUGUUGUAUUUCUGGUAGUCUACAAGGUUUACAAGUAUGAUCAUACCUGUCCAGAAGGAUUUGUUUUCAAGAAUAAUCAAUGCAUUCCAGCUGGGUUGGAAAACUACUACUCCGAACAAGACUCCAGCGCUCGAGGGAAAUUUUACACGGUCAUAAACCACUACAAUCUGGCCAAACAAACCAUCACGCGCUCAGUGUCCCCGUGGAUGACGGUACUGUCAGAAGAGAAAUUAUCUGAACAGGAGACUGAAGCCGCUGAGAAAUCAGCUUAGUAUGAUAAGCUAAUUAUUAACACUAUGUCAUUUGAAGGUAACUAAGGGACUUCAAGGAACUUUUCAUUAAGUAUAAUUACGGAUAAUUUAGAGGUUACUCAUGUUUAUGGUGCAAUUGCUUCUGUUUGCUGAUACUGCUUUGCAAAAAACAAAAAAACAAAUUCCCAAAAACUUGCUGCAGAACAUUCAUGGGCAUAAAACAAGGUGCAUAUCAGCGUCGCUUUAGAGCUUUGACACCAUUUUCAAUGUUAAAAAAAUAAAUCCAAUGUUAGAUAUGUUCUUGCAGUUUAUUGGAUACUGACAGAUUUCUUCACUGGAUUUUCAGGGCUUGGACCUUAGAUAAAUCAUGUGUUCUGUUGUCUGAACCGAUACUUUAUUUAUUAAUUUUCUUAGUUCUUUGUCAUACUGCAAACUGAAACACCCCAGCCAUAACUAGAGUGAUCUCUUGGUUAGCUGAAAGCUACGUUUAAUAUUUAGUUUUGGCUCAAGCAAGGACAGUAGUCAGCAUUGAUGUCAAGGGCAAAAUGUAACGACUUGUAUGGAGAAAGAAACUGUCGGGUAGCAUUUUUCUUACAUUUUCGUUACUGUUGUUUAUUUGUAAGUGAUAAUGAAGUUCUCUGCAACAAGGCAUGCUCAAUGUUUUAUUAUUGCUGUCAACAGGAUUUAACUGCAUUUCCACUGUGGCUUUAGCAUCUUGGUAAGGAUGUGCACUGAAACACGAACUAGAUAGGCAUUAUGGAAAACCACAGACAGUUUUAGUGAUGGAUGUUGAGGAUAGCGUAAAAAAAAUAAAAUACAGUUCAGGAUGUUCUAAUGUGAAAUGACAUCUCUUGAUCAUGCUUAAGAGUCGGAAAGCCCAUUCACAGUAGAUGUAGUCCACUAUGUAAUUUGUUGGGUUCAACUGAGGGAGUACUAGGACUAAAUUUUCUCUUACUACAUUAUUAACAUUUUCCCUUUUUCUUAAUUAGAAAGGGCUUUCAGUUUGUGUAUGGUUUGCAGUUUGAGACUUUUAAAUCACACAGCAUCACAAGCGAAGCACUAGCAUAUUAGCUGACACAACUGGCUGUUUUAAAGCUACAUGUGAAACGGGGCGAAGAGUAGAACUGUUGGUGUGUGGCUUGGGAGGGGAAAAGAUGUAGAAGAACAUAGUAUUGUGGAUGCACGUUGAAGUUCCAUUGUAAUUACAAACUUCUCUAUUCUUUGUGU